AUGACGGAUUCUGGCAUCAAGGACAUCUGUAGUGAUCCGCAGUUCGCCAUCCUCAAGGUGGAGCAGAAGUUCCAGGCUGUGAUGGAUGAUGAACAGGCAGAGGAGCAUUUUCUGAAUCUCAUCGACGAGUCAGUGAGCGCGCUGCUGCCAGUUUUGCUGGAGCUCGGCCACAAGAUCUCGAUCGCAAUGCAGUGGCGAGUCCAUGCCGACGGACAGUCUUGCUCCGCUGCUGACAGUCAAGCCGAAGAGGACUUCCGGAAGGCAGUUCUGCAGCUGGCAGUGACGGGUGGGGGCUGGCCAGCCGACUUCAAGCGGCGGCUGCGACACAUCUUGGAGCGCCGGUGUCAGGCGAAGACAGUCUGUGCCGAAGCCCCGAAGCCCGUCGAAACGGAGAUCGAUUUCUCCUUCACAUCUCCGAGAGCUCGCAGUAGCGGAGCAACGCACCAGGCCUUGCUCAGCCUGGGCGAAAUGACUGGAAUCCCCUUGUUCAAGGCCCGGGCAGACGUGUACCGCUCCGAAGGCCCCUCUGUUGUGCUGACUAGUGCGAGCAUCACACAGUCAAGAGACUGCUUUGCUUUCCGUGGAGCCAACAGCAGCCUGGCACUGCGGUUGGCCCCGGGUGACGGCUUGGGAGUUUCAGCUCGCCAGCUGGUCAUCGAGCAGCCCGCUCGCUGGGCGGCGCUGCGGCCACGUUCAGCGCCGCGGCGCUUCGCCGUUUUCGGGCUGCCGCCAAAUACCGGUCGAGCGACGGCCGCGAAGGUAGGGGAGAGUCCGUACACAGAGUUUCUGGGUAGCUUCGAGUACGCUGCUGCAGGGCCUGCCGCACAGGCCUUUGAGCUGCCAUCGACGAUGGUCGAAGGUCUCCGCCUGGUCUUCUCAGGGCCCGAGUGGGGAGAGAGCUACAUCUGCCUGUAUCGAGUCAAAGUCUUCGAGGAAAGUGGAACCGUUUGCAGUGGGCGUCGCGUUGCUGCCGUUCUGCCUAGGCUUUGA